AGAAAAUUUUCCACUUGACUGGCCAAUCAGAGAAAAGACCUGAUAGUGUGGUAGCUGUGAGACUUGUUAUACUGUCUAUAACAUCUCCGACAUUGUAACUGAUGGAGGGGCUGCACGUGUUCCUGCUUGUUCUCGCAGGUAAUUAUUUUUAUGAGCACUUCAGACGAUUUAACUUUUGUUUCACUUGAAGUUUUCACAGAAUAAGAAAUGACACUUUCUAGUUUUCAGAAUAUUACGUUUUAUAUCAGGAAUCUUUCCAUAUUUAACUCAUAAUGCAAUGACAUAAUCAUGUAACAGCACAUCUUAAAUUGUUUGUAUAUUUGUGUUUCCAUUCAAGCAGGUGUUUUCUUGGGUCACAACUCAGUCUGUGGAUCAGUGGUAGAGGUGACAGCCAAACCAGGAGAAAACAUCACUCUCUACUGUGACUGCAAACCAUCACUGGGAGUUUACAUAGUCUGGUUCAGGAACUGCUCUCAUAAGACCCAGCCUCCUCUUGUCCUAAAAAUGCGGUAUCCUAAUCAAUGGAUGAAACCUCUCCCUCUUAAUUUCCACUUUGUGAGGAACAAGUCCUCUGAAUCCUAUGACCUGCUAAUCCAGAACAUCACUGUGUCACAUGAAGGUUUCUACUACUGUGGAACUGAAACUACAGUAGUUGACAAAAUAGUGGUGAACAAAACAGAGGGUAAAGACUUUCUUGUUCACAGAGAUGUUUACAGCUAUGGCAAUGUCACAAGGAUCAUAUUCAGUAAGUAUGCAGUGUUUAAGUGUGACUAUAGUUUUAACAAAGUUACUUCUUAUUAAAUGUGUUAAUUCGUUAGGAAUUCAAUUUAGUUCCAUCACAGUUUGAUGUAAGUCAUACAUUUAUACUCUGGAUUGGCUCAUCUUUUAGCAGCAGCCAAAGUAUGAACAGAAAUUUAGAACAUUUUUACUCUUCUCUGAGUCAGGACUGUUAUUACCUAUUUUAAUGCCCAAGAGCUCACUCUGUAUCUCACUCUGUAUCCCAAUAAACCUUAGUAAAACAUAAAUAUGUAAGGUGAUUAUAGAAAUUUUAAGUGCAAAGGUCUAGAAUACAAAAAGCUGCAUCAGUUUAUUUGUAACUGUUUAGGUACGUAUGUCAAAGUUACAACUACCAACACAAGUCCUUUUGUUAUUAACAAUUUGGCAAUUAUCUCCUAAAUUUUUCUAAAAUAAGCUUUAACAAUGUCUAUCAACACCUUGAUUUAAGCCCAUGUGUGUCUAUCCGUGUAUUAGUUGCUCCUACAGCACAGAAAAUACAAUAAACAGGGUGUAAAUUCAAGGAGUUUGUGUAAUACCACAAAGUUUACCAAUGAAACACUUACCAGUCCUUAACUUCUCUGUGUGAAAGUUUGGUCAUAGCUCAGGUGGCAAUAAUAAUAAAAAAAAACUAAACAGUCCUCAUAAUUGUAUGGUGCAAAUACUGCUUACUUCAACUCCCUGAGGGACAAUCUGUUCAUAUCAAGAUUAACUAUAAUCCAUUGUAGCACCAACAACCAACGGAAAAAACUGAGUAUGAGUAAACCUGAUCCAAAAUAUCUGAGACUUUGUAAAGGUUUAAAGAGCUCACUUCACUAGAAUGAGUUUUUCUGCAGAAUAAGGACAAAGAUCACACAUUGUAUAUUUGGCUGGAAUCAGUUCUGUAAUAAUCCAGAUAAAUAUUCAAAAAAAGGCUACACUCAUGUCACAAUUUUGACAUUUUUGUGUGUUCAGAGUGAAAUGAAUCUAAUCAACUCACCCUCUUUUGUGAGGCAGACUCCAGUAGGACUCCUCUUCAGGACCGUGGUGUGAGCCUAAGUUUGCUCCUCUCUCUAUGUUCAGCUGUUGCUGUUGUGUCCUCUCUCAUCUCCUCACUUGUGGUUUACUGUCUCUGUAGGAAAAAAGGUAACUAUGACAUACCUCAUUUAAGCUUCAUUAAUUAUUAUUAACAAAAAUGUCUUCCAUUCACUAAGUGUCAUAUGUUUUAUUGAUGAUUUGUUUUUGAAGCUGAAGGAAAUCCAGUUGAUCAGCAAAGACUGAGCACAAAAGAUCAUUCUGGAUCAAACCAGGUAAGUUUAUCAUUGAAAUAAAGUAAAUUAUAGCAACAGAUGGGUACAUGAACAUGUUUCCAAAUAACUGAUUUGUGUUCUCAGGAUGAAGAGUUGUGUUAUGCUACUGUGAAAAUCAAAAAGACAUCACAGAGAUCCAAGAGGACACAACCGCAGAGCUCUGACUUCAGCACUUAUUCUGCAAUCAAAACUUCUCAGAUGUGACAUGCCUCAGACAAAAGAGCAAAAAAAUGUAUUUCAUAUUACUCAGUGUUGCCAGAUGGCAGAUGCAGAGUUAUCUUGCAGAUUUAAAAUGAUAGUAUUUUACUUAAAACUACCGUACACAAGAAAAAUUCCAAGUGAGGUCCUUGAUACCACACUUGACACCAUAUUGAUGCAGAGAAGGACUAUCAUUUUCACACUAUAGAGUCAACACCUGCCAAUUUCUGCCUACCCCUCUUUCCGUUAUUGCCUUCAAAAUAAAAGCAAGUAGCAUCAGGGUUUUGUUGCAACGAAUUUUAGUCAUUCGGAGCAUUUAGGUUAGAAGCAACCACGUAGAAAGAGUAAAUAAAGCUCACAAUGAGUCUUCACAUAGUUUUAAAAUUGGGACAUAAACGUGGACUUGAGAAAAUACCACUCAAACUCACCUAAAAGUUGACAUGGUUCUUCUAAACUCCAAUGUCAGACAUCACGAGGGCGUUGCAGCAGCGGUACAAAGUCGUUCCCAAUAACAUGUCUGAGAUUGUUUAAACCGUCUGUUGAAAAUGGGCUCCAACUCUCCACUGGGCAGUACAGCUGUACUCGGUGUUUAGUCCACCCGUGGGCCAUGCUGCUUGGCUGUUUUACAUUUUCUUGCUAAAUUCUCCAAACUCCUAGUAACCUACACUUAACGUUAACUGAAUGAACUCCCUAACUCAGUAAAGUCUUCAUUGUUUGCUAACUGCUCCGCGACACACAUGCCGCUCGCGCGUUUUCUGAGCUAAGCUAGUAGCAUUAGCUCUGUAUGUGAAGUGCGUUCGUACUGCGGGCCGACGUGAAGGGCCGCAGGUGUGCGCAUGGCGCCAUUAGCUGAUGAUUUGAUUGGCAGAUGGAGCUUAGGGUGUGUUGGUCUGGUACUGAAUGAGCGUGAUAUACGUAUAUAAACGAUAGAUGGCUUACGCACGCUGUUAGCCAAUGGAGACCGGCGUCUGCGCAUGGCGGCCAUCUUGCUAUGGUAAGCUCGCCCACUCAUAACAUUACAGUCUACUGUUAAUGUAGCAUUUAAAGAACCAUAAAUUGCUUAAUUUUAAACCGAUUUUCGAACAGCUUUCUCUGCUGUCCUUUAUCAUACAUGUGGCAAAUUGUCAUCCAAAUAAGACACCAAUUAUCCACCUUAGCUACAUCUGGCAACACUGAUACAUACAAACUAUUCUGAUAUUUCCAUCCAUUUGUCUUUGCCAUCAUUUACAGUCAUGUCCAAAUUUUCUAUGUUAGUUGUUUUGUCUUUUAAAUCAGUGUUGUUUAAAUUGAGUUCAAUCAAGGUAUGGCCUACUCCUGCAAAUGACAAUGUUUUUAUACUGUCUUGUUUUUCAUGUAUUUGUUUUUUUAUCAGAGUUACGUACAUGGUGUACAACUUUCUUAACAAAAAUAUGCUUCUGUAUCUUGUUUCCCUGUGCCACAUAAUUGUCUACUGCAAAAAAUCAAUAAAAACCUUAGGCAAGACCUUGUCUGUGGUGGCUAAUUACCCCUCAACUUCAGAUUCAUUAAAAUGAUUGUUUAAUCUUAGUCUGUAACAUUUCAUAAUGGUUUUGUUGGCUGCUGGUCUGUAUCAAGACUAUAAUCAGGCAAUUUCCUGUUUUUAUCUCCAGUUCACUAUCAAUCCUCUUGCUUCUCCAGUAUAGCUCGAUACAAUGUGUGAAUCUGUUGGAAGUGACUUUUGAGAAAGUAAGAUCUUAAUAAAGGGAAAUAUUAUACAGAAGGUUGCUGCUAAAGACAGCAACUGAUUAAAUGUUAAUACCAAACUUAUAUGAGAGGUUACCAGUAAACACAGAGUGUACAAUGAAACCAACCUCCAUCGCAAGUUAUAGCACCUAAGAUUCGCAACGGCUCACAGGAAACCCACAGUGACAAACAGACCCUCAUACAGCUACAGACCUCAACAAGUUGCUGCUCAGAGCACAGGCUUCAUUAUGAACACGUCACAGCUCAUUUUGAGAAGACAGACAUCAAAUAUAAAACACCCAAACACAUAAAACCAAAUAAAACAAACAAAGCUCCUGCUCUGUAAGCAGUUACUAAGAAUAUGUUCUUUUUUACAGUAUUUCAAAAUUAUAGAGCUCGGUAGUUAAAAAGGCCUACAGCCACAGUAAUGGGUAACUAUCAAACCUCUAAGUGUGAAAAACAGUAAACAAUUAAUCAAAGACUAAGGGUGGAGACUACCAGGUAAGUCAUAAUAUGGUACGGUUCACAACAUGAUGACAUCAAUAAAGUCUGUGACAACUGAUUUAUUGCAAGAAAUACAGUCCAUGCUAAGAUUAGCACCACUGAUAGGAGUCAUGAUUGUUUACUAAUUCAGUGAUGAUUUAUCUAUUUUUUCUUCCACAGCACAGCUGAUUUACAAAGAGUUUUCCUCUACAGAAGCUACACAGGCUUGUAAAGGAUAGUAUCAUCAAAGAGACUAGACAAUCUAUGCUGACCACAUGAGCUACAGAGAUCAACAUCAGGGAAGUUUCAGGACUUUUGAUUCAAACAGUGUGCUUGAGUAUUGCGAUUUCUGCAGUCUUACUGUAUUUCCCUCAUUUGGUGUUUUGCCUCCCCUGUCCAUAUGAUAUUAAGUGCUAAAAAUCACCUGCAUAGGAUGUUUACAUAGUUGAAAUACAGCCAGAUUUUAAAUUAUGCAUCAAAUUAAUCAGUGGUUGAGUUUUGACCAUUAGCAUAAGCACAAUUUCAAUUUACAGCUUGAUUUUGAAGUUAGUUCACUGUAGUUGCUUGGGCUUUAUAUGAAAUAAAAACUGACACAGGCUCUAGUAUUGAUGCUAUUAUCACCUAUUAUCAUCAGGUACAAUGUAAAGUGAGUGUGCGGAAACACAAACUAGGAUCUUGACUCAGUGAGCAGCCUACAAUGAAGUAAGGGUCUUUUCUCACACUAAGAGGCAAAAUAGCGCUAAAUUGAACAUUUUAAUUCAUAGUGAAGUAAUAGGAACAAUGUUGCAACAGUGUCAGCAGGCAGAAGCAGGUGUACGCUGGGUGGCAGGCACAGGGACCAGGGUGGCAUGUAUUGGAGGCGGCACUGAGAUCUGGGUGGCCCACCUGGGAGCCAACAAUGGAGACUAGAAAACCUGCCUGGGAGCCGGCACUGGGAGAUGAAUGGCCAGUCCAGGAGAAUGCACUGGGUGUUGCACUGAGGGAUACAAGGGUUGGCAGGACCAUCGGAGAGAAGACAAUAAUCUGUAUCUCAAUCAAGUGUCUCUGCUGAUGGAAGCAUGAAGUGCUCUAAAGUCUCCUGGUAGACAACUGUUUUGACACUGGACUUCAUAAAACACAGCCUACCAACACCAGAAGAUGACAUAGCAGCCCUAUUUCUCACAGACUGUGGAAUCUUAAUGCUGGACUGUGAGAACCUUGAAAUCUGUGCCUCUCUAGUCUCUCUCCAGACUCGAGGACUUUGAGUUCCCCGCUUUUCACUUGAGAACAACCAACUUUUUCAGCAGUGACCUUCUGUGUCUUGUGAUCUUUUGGACAACUGUCAGUCAACAGUCUUCCCCAUGAUUGUGGUCAUGUGUACUGAACUAGAUUGAGAGAAGAGAGGCUCAGUAAUCCUAUCUAGUUGUUCAGGGUUAAUUGGCUGAUAAGAGCCCUUUUGGGACUAAAUUUACUGACAGGAAACUGGACUUUUACACAAUAGUCCAGUGUUCUGGUAACAAUCUAUGAGUUGCCAGUUGUGCUUUUUUUUACUACAGUUAAUGUAUUUAAAAAAAAAUUCUGCUGAUGUCAGCAUAUUAGGUCUCUAAAUCAAUUGGGUCACAAAAGGCUUCAGCAAACAUUCAACACAAUUUGCAACACAAGACGGUCCAAUGCUGAAAAUAAUGCAGUCAAAUCUGCAUAUUUCUGUCAAUGUAAAAGUGAUAAAUGUGAUUAAAUUUAAAAGUCUAUAAAACACAAUGGGCAUUUACAGUAAUAUGUGCAGGAUCUUUGUUUACAUGUGAAUUUAUAGGGUGUGUUGGCCUUGAUAUAACCACAAAUCAAGGUUUCACUGCCACAAAAGCAAUUGUAGAAGGGACAAAACAACUACAAAAGAAAAGUUUCCAUUGCACAAUCAAAAUCGAAGUUACCUUCCUCAGAAGGGAAACGUUUGCGCAAGUCAUACAAGUUAGUUGCUGUCUCAGUGUUUCCUUGGCUGCCAUCACACAUGGACAGACUGCGAUCUUUUGUUGCUGUUAUCUUGGGUAAUUAUUUGAUGGAUUUAUCAUAAUCUUCUGUCUUUUGAAAUUCCUUAUUCUUCACACUUUACCUGCUUGCUUCUGUUUCAUUUUACAGGAGCCAUGAUGUACAUCCAUGAGGGGAUUUCUCUGUUGGAGCUGACAGUCAAAACAGGAAACAACAUUACUCUCUUCUGCGACUGCAAGAUGUCGACUGGAGUUUACAUAGUCUGGUACAGGAACUGUUCUCAUGAGAACCAGCCUUCUCUUAUGUUGAAGGCAAGAUAUGAUUCAAGCUCUUAUCCUCAGGUCCCUACAGAAUUCUUGAAUCCUCUCCCUCAUUUCUACUUGGUGAAGAAUCAGUCCACUGACUCCUAUGACCUGCUGAUUCAGAACAUCACAGAGUCUGAUGAGGGCCUCUACUACUGUGGGACUGAAGAGAGGACAGUACAAAAUGGAGAUAAAAUUACUAAUGGACUCAUCUACAAUUAUGGAAAUGCCACAAGGAUCACAUUCAGUAAGUCAAUAAGGUUUUUUUUUCUUACCCUAGCAGAAUAUAGCAAAAUAGCAGAAUAACUUUUCGGACACCAAAUAACAAAAUGUGGUCCCAUAAUAAUGUAGACAUUUCAGAGGACAAAGUAGAUCAACCUCCAAUACUACUUUGCACUGUUUAAAUUUUCAUCAUGAUUAGCUGAAAAUGAGAGCAUCUCUGCUUAUCAGGAACAAAAUAGCAAUAAACAACAGCUGUUCUGGAUAAUGCCUGCCAAGUCAGAGGCCUCUUGGACCCCAGUCACAAGUGAUCAUGAACAAAUUCUGCUUUUUUAAUUGUGUAGAAGUUUUGGGAGAAAAAAUUGGCAUAAAGAAAACACUGAAGAGGUUUCUAUUGUGCUUGCAUUGGUCAUUUGUGAGCCAAGUUUGUAAUUUUCAGACAUUUGACUGUAUAUUAGUUCUAUUCCACUUCACAAUACCAGUUCCUAUAGCAUUUUGCAACAUGCAUUUUCCCCCUGAAAGCAGAUGCGGUAAUGCAGACCAUUUCCACUAUGGUUCUUGGGUCCCCAGAGUAAUUUUAAGAAACAUACAGAUUUCUUGCUUACUGGGAAUACAACUAAUAUACACAUGAAUACCAUAAAUACCCCAAUACAAACCAGAGCCUUUGUUUGCUUUCACUGUAAAGGUACUGGGCACACGUGUAUUAAAGACAGGCCUUUAUAUCAUUAUGAAGUCUUGAUACAGAAAAGGGCAGUUGUGCAUGUUAAUGUUACAUUCACACAAACAGGCUGUCCUAUGACGCUUGAUUGAAAGGUUUUUAUAUAUUUUUUUAAAUCUGGAAAACUUGCUUUUUGCUAUCUUGCUCUGGGAGGAAAGUUGGUUGUGUACUGUGAUAUCUGUGACAUUAGUCAUCAGUCAACUCCAGAAAAAAAUGGUACUUUUCCUGUCCAUCAAACUCAUCAUAUAUGUGGACAGAAUUGAGUGCUGCCAGGAUGACAUCCUGCCAGGAUGACACAGCACUGGCCGGCAGUUGGUAGGGGCCCUCAUUCACUUGAAAAGGAUGUAAACCUGGCAAUAAUAUGGGGCCAGGCCACAAGUCAAAAAUUGGUCUUUAUGUGGGGGUGAUAAGUGAAACAAUUUUGUGUUUGAUCCAGACUCCAGGGUCCCAGCGUCUCAUCACCAUGAAUCCUGGGUGAACAACGGUGUGUGCCAGACUCUGCUGUUUUCCCUCUGUCCAGCUUUUGCCGUUUUCUCCUCUCUCCUCUCAUUUCUACUGGGUUAUCACUGCUGUCUGAAAAAAGGUAACUGCUGUUUAUUACUUUAAUCCACACACUUGUUUUCUUAUCUUUACUUAAUUGAUUUAUUUGACCCCUUCUGUGUGACUUGAGCUGAAGGCUUAAUGAUGUAUUCACUUCUGCAGCUAAACAAGUUGAUGAAAAGAUCCCAGACACCAGACACCAUCCAAGACGGGACCAGGUGAUAAACACAAAGACUUUACAUCACUGCUAGUAUCUUAAGUUUACUUUUAGCUGUAUUGACACAAAAUAAAUCACACGGCCCAUCUCAACAUGUUCAUGUUUCUAAAUGACACUUUUUGAAAAUCAGGAUGAAGAUGUGUGCUACGCUGCUCUGGAAAUCCGCAACACCUCGCAGAGACCAAAGAAGAAGAAAAUCCAGACAGAAUCUGAUUUCAGCACCUACUCUAACAUCAACACCUCAAGGAUGUAAAGAGCUGUAGGAUUUAAUACAAAAAUGUAAAGUGAACUGGAUGGUGACAGCAUGUACUUUUUAAUUCAUUAUUUGCAGUAAGCCGUUAUUAGCAUUGUAGUCCCCUCCUGUAGAAUGUAAAUGCUUAUUAAGGUAGAAAGUAUGAAUGUUUUAUCUGUCAUCAAAGCAAGGAAAAAUACUUUUAUCUUGCCUUUUUUAUAGAAAUAAGAAAAAAGAGUACAUUCUUGUGUGUGUUUGUGUUCUUUGUAUCCUC